ACGCACUAUUGAUUCACUAUUAUGACGCACUACUUAUUUAUUGCCUUCGGUCAUUAUUCACAAGGAGCAACAACUCUUCAAGGAAGCUCAUUCUAAGAAGAAAAUUAAAAGAGAACUUAAACACGACAAUCUGGAGUCAAAUUUUCAGUAGAAAUAAUAGAAAGCCUGUGGAAUUCUGGAACAGCAUCAUGGUGUAAAGAGAGGUACUCACAAUAAAGACACUUCCCAAGAGUUCUUCAACUACAAGACUACAGUUCAUCAUGGACAUUUUUGGUGGGGCACCUCGUUUCUUGGGCUACCCUCGUCCUGUUGUGGCCCAGGCUGGUGCAGAUGCCACGCUCUGCUGCCAAAUUGUUGGUGACCCUCGUCCCGAUGUGAUCUGGGAACGCAAGAAUGUCCAGAUUGUGUCUGAGGGACGCUACAAGCUGGCAGAAGAGGGAAAAGUGUACAUGUUGACCAUCACACGUGUAAGCGAGGAGGAUGCUGGUCAGUACAUCUGUAAAGCAAGAAACAGUGUUGGUGAAACAUACGCAGCAGCUUCUCUCAAAGUGGACGGUGAACAGCAUGGGUAUAAAGAAACCAAUGGAGUUGCGUCUAUCCUGAACAGUCCCUGUGUGAAUGGAGAAUCGAGCAAAGAGAACGGAGCGCAGCUGAAUGGCAGUGUAAAAGGGAUAGAUGCAGGUUCUGAUGAUAGACCUCGAUUCCUCAUCAAGCCCCUGUCUUUGCGUGUAGACAGCGGUGAAGACGUUGCAUUUUCAUGCAAGAUUUGGGGAACCCCUGUCCCCGAUGUGAUUUGGGAGAAAGAUGGCAAAAAACUUCAUGACAUCUUUGAGAGCGCCCACUACAAUGUGACGCAGCAGGAUGGUGGCUGGUUUCAGCUCAAGAUCUACAGGACACGAAUGCCGGACAAGGGAGUCUAUACCUGCAAGGCUGUCAAUCAACAUGGUGACGCCUUGGCAGGAGCUGUGCUCCUUGUGGAGCCAGUGAUAGAGCGAGAAAGCAGUAAGAUCUCAUACAACAGCAUCUCCACCAACCAGCGAUCACCAAAGGGAAGGAGCAGCAGGUACAGCGUGACUAAGCUAACAGAGGACCCGCUAGUCAACACGUCAAAAGUAAAAAAGUUUGCUGUGGCAGAAGGGAAGCACGCCAAGUUCCGCUGCUUUGUCACUGGAAAACCGAAGCCAGAGAUUGUGUGGAAAAAAGAUGGGACACCACUUGAAACAGGGAGGAGGAUUCUGAUAUUCGAGGACAGGGAAGGCUAUUAUACGCUGAAGGUUCUGUACUGUAAGGUGCAAGACACCGGCCUGUAUGUAUGCGCAGCAUCCAAUGCCUUGGGGAACACUCUGAGUGCUGUUCACCUGUCUGUCAAAGGUCCAACAGUGCGGUUCAGAUAUCCACUAAAAGAUGUGGAGGUGAGAGAAAGAGAUGUUGCUGUACUUGAAUGUGAAGUUCCUCACGAGUCUGUGCCGGCUGCUUGGUACUUGGAAGAUCAACGUCUAAUGCCCAGCAGUAAAUAUAGAAUGGAGCAGAAGGGCACAAAGCGGAGACUCACCAUCCAGGACGUGGGAACUGAUGAUGAUGGAGUGUAUCUUUGUGAGAUGGCAGAUGGAGCAAAGAGCAUAGCUGAGCUUACAGUUAAAGGCACUGUCAUUUGCAAACUUCCUCGGAAGCUGGAGGUCCUGGAGGGUGAGAACGCUGUAUUCUGCGUAGAAGUGGAGGACGAGGAUAUAGAUGUGAACUGGUUCAAAGACGGUUUGAAACUUGUCGAGACACAUCAGACCAUCCUCAAAUCGUUUGGAAAGACUCACAUCCUGGUUUUUGUAAACGUGUCCUACCAUGACUCUGGAUUCGUGACCUUUGUUGCUGGGCGAUCCAAAUGCUCUUCUCGUCUCAAAGUUAAAGCUACAAGACACUGCCCUCCUAUCUGUCCAACUGAAGUCAAAAUGGAUGUGGAUCGUCCCAACAGUGUGCUGCUCACUUGGGUCCCUGCCGCAAACAGCUCGAUUACUACUCGCAAAAUCUUUGUGGUGGAGAGGCAGGUAAUAGGCUCUCAGGACUGGCAGAAAUGUUUCACCUCUGAAACUGCCACCUCAGCUGAGGUCAGCGGAGAUGACAUGCUGUGUGAGGGGGACUACCGUUUCAGAGUUUGCUGCAUCAACAAAUAUGGCCGCAGUGGACACGUGGAGUUCCCUAACGUGGUCCAUCUUGUCCCUGGGGCAAAAAUUUCCAAUCGCCUCAAAGGCUGUGAGGUGACAGAGGGAGAAGACGCUUGCUUUUCCAUCCAGCUGUCAACGGCAAUGGUGGGAACAUGGUUCUUGAACAGCGCCCAGCUGCAACAUGGUGGUCGAUUCUCAAUCCAGCAUUCCCAAACUCAACACUCCUUGAUCAUCCAUGAAACCCACUCUGCUGAAAACUCAGCUGAAAUCACAUUCAUUGCCAACGGAGUUCGUGACUCAGCCGUACUCAAAGUGAAACCUGCUGUGGUUAAAUUCAACCCUCUCUCAGAAACUGACAGCAACAAGUUUGCAGACACCGGUGAUGUGAUUGUGCUCUACUGUGAGCUGUCGCAUGCAUUUGCCAAAGUGUCGUGGUUUAAAGACGGCUGGGAACUUAAGGCAGAGGAUGGCAUAAAGAUCCAGUCAGACGGGAACAUGAGGCGUGUUGUUAUUCAAGCUGCAGAGCAGCGCCACUCAGGGAUUUAUGCAUGUAAAACGGAGGAGGAUGUCAUCAACUUCAAUGUAAACGUUGCAGGUCCCCCUGUGAAGUUCAGUCCUGUCCCAGAGGAAGAGCUGCAGAAGAGCUGUAUUGAACUGGAUCCAGUGGUGUUGGUCUGCCAUGUUUCAAGCAAGGAUGCUGCAGUUGUUUGGUACAAAGACACGACUGAGAUGAGGCCAAAUGACAACAUCACUCUACAGGAAGAGGGAACCAUGAGGAGAUUGAUCAUCCGUUCUGCUGAAGCAGUUGAUGCUGGAAGUUAUACCUGUCAAGCAGGAAACAACAGCAUACAAUUCACAGUAACUGUUAAAGAGCCUCCAGUGAUGAUUGCUGAUCCAAAAGACGACGUUGUCAUGGAGCACUACAUUUUAGAGGACGUUCACCUUCAGUGUGAACUGUCCCGCUCCAGUGGGAAGGUUCAGUGGUUCAAGGAUGGUCAGGAAGUGGAAGAGAGUAGCAGAGUCCAGCUGGGAUCCGAGGGUCCGUACAGACGGCUGACCAUCUACCACAGUGAAGUAGAAGACAGUGGGGAGUAUAUCUGUGAAACCACUGGCGACUCAGUAUUUUUCCAGGUUAAGAUUACAGAACCACCUGUACGGAUUGUCUCACCGAGUGAAUCUGUGCUGGAGCUGAACCAUCUUGCAGCCACAAGACUGGAAUUGAACUGCAAAAUAUCUGAUGCCAAUGCCCACGUGCGAUGGUACAAAGACGGUCUCGAAGUAGAAGAAGAUCAUAACCUCAUUCUGGAAGUGGACGGGGCCAAAAGACAUUUAGUGAUACCCCUGGCCACUGUGGAGGACACAGGGGAGUACAUCUGUGACACAGAUAAUGACUCUGUGACCUUCCUUGUUACAGUAACAGAGCCACCAGUGACACUUUCUCGUCCCAAAAGCUCAGCAGACAAACUAGAAUGCAUUGUGGGAGAACCAAUUGUUUUGGAGAUUGAAGUGUCUCGAACAGAUGGGACUGUUCAGUGGUUGCUUGAUGGGAUCGAGAUUACGGAGAGCAGAAACGUGGCCAUUACAGAAGAUGGAUUUACCAGACGUCUGACCAUCAAUUCGCCUACCCCCGUGGACUCUGGAAAAUAUACCUGUAAUGCUGUGGAUGACAGAAUUGAUUUCACGGUCAAAGUUUCAGAGCCAGCAGUCAAAAUCCUGAAAAAGGCGGAACUGAAAAGAGAACUCGAGUCAAAAGUUGCCGAUGACAUUGUACUGGAGUGCGAACUUUCCAGAGCCAAUGCCGUCACUCAAUGGUACAAGAAUGGCAGUCGGAUUGAAAAUGAUGAAAGGCUUUGUGAGGAACAGGAAGGAGCUUUCCGUUCACUCGUCAUCCUGAAUGCUGAAUUAGGAGACUCCGGAGAAUAUUUACUUGACGCUGUGGACGAUAUUAUUAGCUUCCAUGUCACAGUUCAAGAGCCUCCAGUGGCUAUCGUGGGUAACUCCAAUGAUGCAGAUUACCAGGAGAUGAUGGCAGGAGAGGACCUAAUUCUAGCCUGUGAGGUGUCCAGAGCCAAUGCCCCGGUCCAGUGGUUUUGUAAUGACAGGCUUCUAGUCAACGACUCCCGCACCUCAAUUGAAUGCUCUGGCACUCUGAGGAAAAUCAUCAUCUCAGAUGUCCAGCCCCCGGAUUCUGGGAAGUAUGUGUGUGACGCAGUGGAUGACCAGAUGAUUAGUGUUAUUCGGAUUCAAGAGUCUCCAGUCACAUUCAUAAACAAAGAUGAUGACAUUGUUGUCACUGGCUAUGAAGCAGAAAGCAUAACAUUGACCAGCUUUGUGUCUAAGGAGGGUGCUUUAGUGCGCUGGCUGAAAGACUGGACCCCAGUUGGAGGAGACCGCUUUAAGGUGCUCAUGGAGGCUCACCAGCGCACUCUCACUAUAGACCCCCUUCGGCGCUCUGAUGCUGGAGAAUACACGUGUGACGUCAACACUGACCAAAUACACUUCAGCCUGCUGGUUAAAGAAAUGAGGAUAAAAUUUGUGACUCCACUCAGAGAUACUGUGGCUCAUGCUGAUGGGAUUGUCACACUUCGGUGUGAAGUGUGCAAAUCCAAAGCAGAUGUCCAAUGGAUGAGGAAUGGUGUGGAAAUUUUACCAAACAGGAGGUUUACAAUCAGGGCAGAUGGAGUUGAACGCAGUUUGACCAUUCAUCGUUUGACGAGUGAGGAUACUGGAGAGUACAUGUGCCAGUCCAGAGAUGACAGAACCGUUGCAAAACUUCAAGUUGAGAUGCCUCGGGUAGUGGAGUUCCUCACCGAACUCCACAGCACCACAGUUUUGGAAGGAGAGGAUGCCACCUUCAAAUGUGUGGUUUCCCCGGAGGAUAUCCAGCUCAUCUGGCUCAUGGACAAUGAGGUGAUCAACCUGGGAGACCGUUUCCAUGCAUCGCAAAAUGGCUUGUGCCACACUUUAGUGAUUCAGAAGUGUCAGAUGUUGGACUGUUCCAGAAUUACAGCUGAGGCAGAAGGUACAAAGAGCAAGGCAAACCUUAAAGUUCAGGAGGCUCAGGUGAUGUUCAUCAAGAAAAUGGAGGCUGUCAUGGCUGAAGAGUUUGGAGAAGCCACCUUGGAGACUGAGAUCAGCCUUGAGACAGGAGAGGUUCAGUGGAUGAGACAGAGUGUUGUCAUCCAGCCAAGUCUGAGACAUACACUGACCCAAAAUGGUUGUAAACGUAGUUUAACAAUCAGCAAUCUCACGCUGUCGGACAGAGGAACAUAUCGAUGUGAGACACUGCAUGACAGGACACAAGUGAAGUUGAACGUGGAGCCACGCAAAAUCUCCAUCCGAAAAGGCCUGAGUAAUCAAGAGACCUUUGAACGAGAGACUGCGUCUUUUGAGGUAGAGCUGUCUCAUACUGACGUGGAGGGUGUGUGGCAGAAAGACGGCAUCAGAGUGAAGCCAAACCACCAGUGGAGGGUGAGCGCCAAUGGUCUAACCCACGGACUUACUCUGUCAAACCUCACGUUGGAGGACACAGGCACCAUUGUGUUUUCAGCUGAAGGGGUGCGGACCUCUGCCAGACUCACAGUCAAAGAGACGCCAGUAUCUCUGUUGAAAGAACAGGCUGACAUUCGUGUUGAGGAAGAUUUACCUGUCACUCUGGAAUGUGAAUUCUCCCGCCAAAAUGUUGACGUCAGGUGGUUUAAGAAUGGGGCCGAGCUGAAGCCGGGCAAGAACUGUCGGAUAUACUCAAUGGGCCGAAAGCGCUUCUGUCAGAUCCUGCAGUGUUCACGUAUCGACUCUGGAAUUUACUCUUGUUGUUGCGGAGAGAUCAAGUCAUGCUGUACUCUGGAGGUCUACGAGCACAAGCUUAAGGUCGUGCGGGACCUGGAGGACCUCUACAUCAAGGAGGACCAGAAUGCUGUCUUCAUGUGUGAGCUGUCUCUUGAGGAUGUGACAGGCGAGUGGUACAGGGACGGUCACAGGAUUCGGCCCACAAGCACCAUCAAGAUCCGAACUGAAGGCACCAAACACUUCCUUCUCAUGUGCAACAUCAAAGCUGCAGAUGCAGGUGAAGUUCGUUUUGUCGCUCGAGACGUUGAGUCUGCAGCAUACCUGGAGGUUGAAGAACUGCCAGUGUCCAUCAUAAAGCCCCUGCGCGACCGAACAGCCCUGGAGAAACAUCGUGUCAUCCUGGAGUGCACGGUCUCCUCCCCUCAAUGCGCUGCCACCUGGUACAAAGAGGGGGAGGAGCUGGAGACUUCAAACCAGGUUGAGAUCCUGGUGGAUGACUGCACACAUAAGCUGGUGAUCAAGCAGGUUGAACUGGAAGAUGAGGGCACCUACAGCAUUGAGGUUGGAGAGCAUAUAUCUAAAGCCAAACUCUUGGUGGAAGCCCAGGCCCUGCUGAUGGUCUCAGACCUUGAGGACGUGGAGGUGAAGGAGAAUGAGUCUGCGACAUUUCAGUGCAAGUUGUCCGUCCCUGUGGACAAACCGCCUGUGUGGACUUUGAAUGGCACGAGCCUGCAGUCGGGGCCCGGUGUGCGUCUAGAGAACCAAGGCACCGUGCAUCGACUCAUCCUGAGAAACACCCGCGUGGACAUGAGCGGCGCGGUGAGAUUCACUGUGGGGAAGGCCAGGAGCAGCGCCAUGCUCACUGUUGUGUGAGAAGGAGUGAGGAAGGACGAGAAACAAAGUGAUAAACAACCUUUUGGACUAAGUUCAAGUCUCCUUUUAAUGAACGAAGUGGACAUUCAGUCUGUUAUUCUAAUUAAACUAUAUUGCUGAAACAACCAGAGAAAAAUCCGACACACACUGUUUGUCUCUUGUUCAUGAAGAGUGUAAUUUCUGGGCCAGUUUGUCUAGCUGAAACAAAUAGAUUCCAUUCAUUAAAAAGUAUGAAUUUAGAAUU